AUGCAGCCGAACGAUAAUCACGUCGCCGGCCGAAGCGUACGAAAAGCGAGUGAGGCGGGUAGUGAGCGAGAUUCUAGCAUUGGGCGCUUGGUGCAAGUAUCAACCGACACUUCUACAGCUGAGAGGUGCGAUGACGGUUCCGUUCUCCGGGAAGAAGUCAUGAAGAUAUUCAAACAGUUUAGCACGAGAAUUGAACAGGUUGAAAAGGACAAUGACCACCUGCAUGAAAUCGUGGGCGGAAAGAAGAGGAAGCGCGGUGACGACAAAACAUGCACGGCCCCAGCGAAACCUGGAUCCAUCAAUGGCCACACCUCGGCGUUCGCCCGUGACCGAAGUAACUGCGCUUCAACCAUGGCUUACUCGGCUCAAGUAUCGUCAUCCGACUCCGCAGCGUCCGUGGAUGAUUUUUGCAACCCAGGUUUCAACCCCUCCCCAGUACCGCCAGCUCAACUACAGCCAUUCUCCAGCCAUUCUAUCUAUGAGAUCAACUUCGGUCCCGAUCCCUUCCCACUACCGCUCACCAACGUUAACGGAUCGAUAUACCCAGCUCAGCUACAACCAUUCUCCCGUUCUAUCUAUGAGAUUGGCCCCGGACCCAAUCCUUCCCAGGUCCCCCCUACCGGUACCGAUGGAUCUAUCUACCCAGCCCUAUUGUUUCCAUUCCCCUCCGAGUCCAUCUACGGAUGCCCCUCACCUAACUUCUAG